UUCGCCUUCGCCACAGGCCACAGCCCCACACACACACACACACACACACACACAGAGUGCACUCUUGCCGGGGGCAGCGGGGUACGCCGGCCCGGAGCAGAGGGCAGCUGGAAAGGAGCUUCCGUCGGCCCUUCGAUGGCCGGAGGCGGAUUCGCCGCGGCGGCGGAAGGCGGCGGCGGCGGCCGCGACUACGGCGGCGGCGUGACGUUCUCCGUGGUGGUGACCAGCCUCAUGGCCGCCUCCUGCGGCCUCAUCUUCGGCUACGACAUUGGCGUCUCAGGUGGUGUGACGCAAAUGGAGCCGUUCCUGACAAAGUUCUUCCCGGAGGUGUCGAGCCGGAUGAAGAACGCCAAGCACGACGCCUACUGCAAAUACGACGACCAGCUGCUCACCGCGUUCACCUCGUCAUUGUACAUCGCUGCGAUGCUCUCGUCGCUGGCGGCGAGCCGCGUGACGAGGACGAUAGGCCGCCAGGCCAUCAUGCUGAUCGGCGGCGUGCUGUUCCUUGUAGGCUCGGCGAUCAACGCCGGCGCCGUCAACAUCGCCAUGCUUAUCAUCGGCCGGAUGCUGCUCGGCUUCGGAGUUGGGUUCACCACACAGGCUGCUCCUUUGUACCUCGCCGAGACAUCGCCGGCACGGUGGCGCGGCGCGUUCACCGCGGCGUACCACAUCUUCGUCGUGUUGGGGGCACUGGCCGCCAACGUCACCAACUACUUCACCAACCGCAUCACCGUGUGGGGCUGGCGCGUGUCGCUGGGCCUCGCCGCCGUCCCGGCCGCCAUCGUCGUCCUGGGCGCCCUGCUGGUCCCAGACACUCCCAGCAGCCUGGUCCUGCGCGGCGAGACCGACAAGGCCCGCGCCUCGCUGCAGCGCCUCCGUGGUCCGGGCGCGGACACCGACGCGGAGUUCAAGGACAUCGUGCGCGCCGUGGAGGACGCCCACCGGAACGACGAGGGCGCGUACGAGAGGCUUCGUGGCAAGGGGUACCGGCACUACCUGGUGAUGGUGGUGGCCAUCCCCUCGUUCUUCGACCUCACCGGCGUGAUCGCCAUGGCCGUCUUCUCGCCGGUGCUAUUCCGGACGGUCGGGUUCAGCAGCCAGAAGGCCAUCCUUGGGUCCGUGAUCCUCAGCCUCGUGAACCUGGCCUCGUCGUCUCUGUCCUCCGUCGUCGUGGACCGCGCCGGCCGCAGGUUCCUGUUCCUCACCGGUGGCGCAGCAAUGAUCAUUUGCCAGCUGGCAAUGGCAUGGAUCCUGGCGGACCAUCUCGGGAAGCACGGCGCCGUGACGAUGCCGCGCGAUUACGCGCUGGCCGUGCUGGUGCUCAUGUGCCUGUACACGUUCAGCUUCGGCAUGUCGUGGGGCCCCCUCAAGUGGGUGGUCCCCAGCGAGAUCUACCCUGUGGAGGUCCGGUCGGCGGGGCAGGGCCUGACGGUGUCCAUCGCGCUCUGCCUCUCCUUCGCGCAGACGCAGGUGUUCAUCUCCCUGCUCUGCGCCAUGAAGUACGCCAUCUUCCUGUUCUACGCGGGAUGGGUCCUGGUGAUGACGGUCUUCGUGGCGGCGUUCCUGCCGGAGACCAAAGGCGUGCCGCUGGAGGCCAUGCGCUCCGUCUGGGCGCGGCACUGGUACUGGCGGAGGUUCGCUGGGGACGCCAAGCAGGAGGUUCAGGUGAACUGCCUGUAGGAGAAAGGGUUGCGGCGAUCGAAAAUAACGUAACCUGUAACCGUGGGCUAACAUUCAAGUGGUCGUUUUUUUUACAAAGGAAAAAUGGUAUUAAAUCAAAACUGAGUACAUAGCGCUCUCGAAGAAAAUAAAAUUACAUUUAAUAACAAUCAAGUACGGCUCUUCAUCUUCA